AGCUCGCCGGAUCUCCGCCUGCCCCAGCUGAGCGUCCGUGCUGUGCGGGGAGGGGUUCGCCCAGGAAAGUUUGCGCCAGCUCAGGGCUUGCAUCAUGGCAGGGAAGCCGCAGAGCAGGGCCGAGCUGCAGCAGCAGCAGGCGGCGCCGCCGCCAUGGGGAGAGCUGCUGUCCUUCCAGUCCUUCCAGCGCAUGUGUCCCCCCGGGGCCGGCUACGGCUACAGCGGGGGCAGCAUGCAGGGGAUGCGGGAAAGCGAGUUCCGCAGGCUCGGAGGAAUGACCUACCUUGACCACGCAGGUACAGCACUUUUUCCACACAGUCUUCUUAAGGAGUUUACUGAUGAUCUCAGUAAAAAUAUUUAUGGCAACCCUCAUAGUCAGAGCAUCAGCAGCAAGCUGACGUACGACACUAUUGAGCAUGUCCGAUACAGAAUAUUACAACACUUCAAUACAACUGCAGAAGAUUACACUAUCAUUUUCACAUCUGGAAGUACAGCUGCACUUAAGUUGGUAGCAGAAACAUUCCCUUGGAUACCUGAAGGCUCGGGGCAUCCCAGCAGUCGAUUUUGUUACCUAACUGACAGCCACACAUCUGUGGUGGGUAUGAGGGGGAUAACUGCUGCGAUGAAUGUGUUAUCUGUUCCAGUGAAACCCAAGGACAUUUUAUUAUCUGAGAAAAACAGAGUACCAGCUAAAGAACAGAACUGCAUGACACCUCAUGUUUUCUGUUAUCCAGCUCAGAGCAAUUUUUCAGGUACCAAAUAUCCUCUUUCAUGGAUACAGGAGAUAAAAUCAGGAAAGCUCUGCCCCAUCACAACACCAGGAAAGUGGUUUGUUCUACUGGAUGCGGCUUCAUAUGUCAGUACCUCUCCAUUAGACUUAACAGUUCACCAACCAGACUUUAUCCCCAUUUCAUUCUAUAAAAUAUUUGGGUUCCCUACUGGUUUAGGAGCAUUGUUGGUAAACAACCAAAUUGCACCCUUCUUGAGGAAAAGUUAUUUUGGAGGUGGAACUGCAGCUGGGUACCUUGCAGGAGAAGAAUUUUACUCCCCAAGACCAUCCGUAGCAGAAAGGUUUGAAGAUGGCACUGUUUCGUUCCUUGAUAUCAUUGCACUGAAACAUGGAUUUGAUGCUUUGGAAAGACUUACAGGUGGCAUGGAGAACAUAAAACAUCAUACCUUUGCUUUAUCUCGCUACACUUACACAGUGCUGUCUACCUUAAAAUAUGCUAAUGGAGCACCCAUUGUGCGUAUCUACAGUGAUUCAGACUUCAGCAGUCCUGAUGUCCAGGGUCCAAUAAUUAAUUUUAAUGUACUGGAUGAAAAUGGAGAUGUAAUCGGCUAUUCCCAGGUGGACAAGAUUGCCAGUCUCUACAACAUACAUAUUCGUACAGGAUGUUUCUGUAACACUGGCGCCUGCCAGCAGCAUUUGAGGCUCAGCAAUGAGGAUGUCAAAAGGAACCUUCAGGCUGGCCAUGUCUGUGGAGAUGACAUAGAUAUAAUUGAUGGACGUCCCACAGGGUCCAUGAGAAUAUCAUUUGGCUAUAUGUCUACUUUUGAAGAUGCACAAACCUUUCUAAAGUUCAUCAUAGCAACCAGGCUAUCUGAAUCAGACUUCACGUUUCCCUCCCAAACCACCACAAGAGAGACUAUUACACAGUCAGUCAAAUCUCCAAUACAGAACGACCAUUCUGCCAAUAACAAUGCAAAGAAAUUCUCUCUGAAAACUAUUGUCUCAGACAUGGGACACUGGAAUAAUUCAUCUGCAGCAUUGAAGACACCUGAGACUACCAGGGCUGUUGUUUCUGAGAGUGCUAUACCAGUAUACAGAAGUGGGAGCAAGCCAAUCACUGUCACCAACAUUUACCUCUACCCAAUCAAAUCUUGUUCUGCAUUUGAGGUUUCUGAGUGGCCUGUAGGAAACCAAGGAUUGCUCUAUGACCGAAGCUGGAUGGUUGUGAAUCAGAAUGGCAUUUGCAUCAGUCAGAAGCAGGAACCUAGACUGUGUCUAGUACACCCCUUAAUUGACCUGGAGCAAAGGAUUAUGGUCAUCAAAGCAGAAGGAAUGGACCCCAUAUCCGUGCCUCUAGAGGAAAACACCGGAAGAGAGAUUCAGAUUGGUCAGAGCAAAGUUUGUGCACACAGAGUACAGACAUAUGACUGUGGAGAGAGAAUAGCAGAAUGGUUCUCUGAAUUACUUGGUCGCCAGUGUCACCUGAUCAGGCAGAGUUCAGACUUCAAAAGAAAUGCAAAUCAGAAACAUGAAAAAGGUCAGGCUACAACAGUCUCACUUUCUCUUGUGAAUGAAGCACAAUAUCUCCUGAUAAAUACAGCAAGUAUUUUACAACUGAAAGAGAAAAUUACUGAAAGACUGGAGGAGCCAUUACAAACUGAGGAACUAAUUCAGCGCUUCCGUGCCAACAUUGUGAUCAGUGCAACAGUGUCUUUUGAAGAAGAGGAGUGGGUUGAGAUUUCCAUUGGUGCUUUGCGUUUCCAGGUUGUAGGUCCGUGCAACAGAUGCCAAAUAAUCUGCAUAGAUCCACAAACUGGACAACGAAACAAAGAAUUUCUGCAGACUCUGUCCUCCACCAGAGGUAGAAAGACAAACUUUGGUAUAUAUCUGAUGAACCAGUCCCUGUGCUCGUCCCUUCCAAAUAUCUUGUCAGUGGGAUCUCAUGUAUUUCCAGUCUUGAAGGAAGAUAGAGAAAUUCGAAGUCCUCUAUCCAAUGAAGAAAAAACAUCAGGAUAGCGUCCUUGGCUGGACAAGUUGUACAUGCAUAAUUAAGUCUCUUUAACAAACACAUUACAUGUAUUUAAAAAAAUCUGGUAAUUAUUAAAAAAAAUUUCCAUGGA